CUUUUUAUUUAUGUACGGGUAUUGUCCACACUAGUGGGACCCCUUCCAGGUAUCUGGCUAGCUGCACGCAUGGCAGAUCUCACCUCAGAUCUCCAUUUUUUCUGGUCGUGAGGGUCGGCAGUAGAGAGCUUCCAUUCUCUAUGAUCUUUAUCCAUCAAUGAAAUAUUAAAAAGCUGUUAUGGUCUGAGGCUGUACGACAUGUCGUAGAUUACUUCACCUGUUUUAACCAGAAUUAUUUGGUUUGAAAUAGGUGUUUACAAACAACGGCCACUCAGCCAUUCUAAUGCAUAUUCAGAAGAUAAAUCAUGUGACAGUCACGUGUCCCGUUCAGACUUCCAGAGACUCUGCUUGUACAUUUCCUGAUGAACUAAAAGGAGAAUGGCACGCCAGUGAUCUUGGAGACAUCAUAUUUCACAACAAUACAAUGGCGACUAAGAAGAGCACUGCUAAUUUUGGCAUUCGAAAGUUUGAAUGCACGAUGAAAGUCAAUGGAAAUCGAUACUUUAUGAAGUCGGACGUCUUUGAGUUUUAUGGUUCACCCUUUCGGCUCGGACUGUGUUGGGAACUGCAGCGGAUGUCGACAACACAAUAUAUAUAUCACGCUGCUCUAGACGUAUUGCCAAAUACUAAAAAUGCCAGAAUACUAUUUCGACUCAAUCAAAGAGACUUCAACAUUACAAGAGAUUGUCAGUUUAGGUCUUCAUAUGACCCGUGGCAAGCAAGAGUUCUUAUGCAACAAGGUGCCAUGAGUACAACCCAGUGUCCUUCGAUUAUUCAGGCGAAAUUUACAUAUACAUUUGACCUUGGCGACGGAAACCUUUGUAAUGCAAAUACUUCUUUGGAUGUGUGUUCAGAUACAUCAACGAUGAACUUCGACUACAAUUCUUGUUCCGCUGAGAUAGGAUAUUCAGCGUUUGGAGAGCUGCUGUGUGUUCGGGAAGAAUCGUAUAAUGACCUCGUUUAUCUGAUUGUCUAUAAUAAUGAUACAGACACACCAGAUGAAGUCGCGAGAUUCAGAUUUACGUGUUAUGUAAUGCAACAGGAUGAUGUUGAUUCACGAGUAAUUCAUACGACACAAUAUCCACAAGCAUGCUUGGAUGACAAUAUUCAGACUUCUCGUCAAGUGAUCAGCCCAGGAGCCUACCUCAAGCUGAAUCUAUCGAGUCAAGAUUUUUGUAUUGGACAGGGAACAAAAAAGGGUCCAGACUCUACUGUGAGUACCAGUGCCAUUUCCGUCAUUGUUGCAGUAUUUGCUGUCUUUGCGGUCAGUAUGGCCAUAGUAAGCGGAGUGAAACUUUACAAGAAGUAUAAGACGUCUACAGUAAAACCCACGCGAAGUGAAAGUAUCUCAUCCAUUGGAUCUUUUGAUCGAGUUCAAUCGAUGUUUAGCUUAGAUGGAAGAAUUUCUCCAUUUUCACUGCGGCCAACCCUUUCAGAAAUAGCAUACAAACGAUUUGGCUCCACAAAUGAAGAUUUCACUUAUUUGGAUGAUGAUCAGGACGAUAUGUACAUCUAUGACACACUUAAUGACACUAAGUACUCUAUUGGAAUGGAAGAUUCGCAUGACCAGUCUGGUUUGAUAGACUAUGAGCAGGGUAAAGAAGUUUUGUCACAUUUGUGACAAUUUCAUUGUACGCUAGUCUAACUGGACAUGUAUCUCUGCCAAUGGUUUAUUUAAUUAUACCCGCACUUUCUAAAGAAAGUUCCGGUAUAUUGUUGUUACCCUGGUCAGUCCGUCAGUCCGUAUGUCUGUCACACUUCCUUCUUCCUCAAACUGCUCUUUUAUUUCAAGUGGUAACUAACUGACCUUUUGGAAUAUGAUAGGUGGUGUACUAUAGAUAUAUGAUAAGGUUUUAGAAUAUUCAAUUUUACCCUGGGGGCAAAACGGGAGUCAAAAAAUUACUUUUUUUUCAAAACCUGGUUCCCAGAAUUCCUCCUACAUUUCAUGCAGUAGCCCAAUCAUCUUUUGGAAGAUGAAUGUUUGGGUCCUGUAGAUGUGCAAUAAGGUUUCGGAAUUUUUAUUUUCACCCUGGGGGCCAAAUGGGGGUCAAAAUGAUGCUUUUUAACACAAUCCUGGUUCCCAGAACUCCUUACAAUUUACACAGUAGCCUAAUAAUCUUUUGGAAAAUGAUUGCUGGUGUCCUCUAGACGUGCAAUAAGGUUUUGGAAUUUUCAUUUUCACCCUAGGGAUCAAAUAGGGGUCGAGAAAUGACGAAUUUGUACAAAGAAACCCUGGUUCCCAGAACUCCUCUUAAAUUUUACACAGUAGCCUAAUAAUCUUUUGGAAGAUGAUUGCUGGUGUCCUGUAGAUGUGCAAUAAGGUUUUGGAUUCUUCAUUUUCACCCCUGGAGUCAGAUGAGGGUCGAAAAAUGACGGGUUUUUUGCACAAAAGAACACUGGUUCCCAGAACUCCUCUUACAUUUUAAGCAGUAUCCUAAUAAUCUUUAGGGAGAUGGUUGCUGGUGUCCUGUAAAUGCACAAUAGGGUUUCGGAAUUUUUAUUUUUGCCCUGGGGGCCAAGUGGGGGUGGAAAAAUGACGAUUUUGUACCCAAAAAAACCUUGUUCCCAGAACUCCUCUUACAUUUUAAGCAGUACCCUAAUAAUCUUUUGGAUGAUGAUUGCUAGUGUCCUGUAGAUGUGCAAUAAGGUUUUGGAAUUUUUAUUUUCACCCCUGGGAUCAAAUGAGGGUUGAAAAAUGACAUUUUUGCACAAAAGAACACUCAGGUCCCCAGAACUCUUUUUACGUUUUAAGCAGUAUCCUAAUAAUCUUUAGGAAAUUGGUUGCUGGUGUCCUGUAGAUGCGCAAUAAGGUUUUGGAUUUUUUAUUUUUGCCCUGGGGGCCAAAUGGGGGUCGAAAAUGAUGCUUUUUGUACAAAAAACCUUGGUUCCCAGAACUCCUCUUACAAUUUAUGCAUUAAUUAAUUAUAAAAUAACGAUUGUGGCUUCUUUGCCAGUAACACCAAUAUGACGAAGAGUAUAUUUAAAGGCAAACACUUGUUUGCGGGUAUUACGUAAGGGAUAAAGUACGAGUAUCGCUCCAUUCCUUAAAAGUAAUGGACCGAGGCCCCUUCGGGGCCUCGGUCCAUUGCUUUUAAGGAAUGGAGUGAUACGAGUACAUUGACCCACUUAAAAUCCACCUUUGCUUAAUUAAUAAAAACUAAACUUUGUGCAUUUUAAUCAUGUCUUACUUUUUUCAUUCUUUUGUUGCAUGCAUUUAUAUCUACUUGUAUAAAGGUUGACCUACUUUCCGAACACUCCAUUCCUGAAAAAUAAUGGAGUGUUCGAACAAAAGAAUGACGUCAUAUGUGGAUUUUAAUGUCUAGUGACAGCACCUAGUUUGUUUUUGUAAAUCAGUACUUUGUCAAUGGAACGCAAACAUAUUCAUGGCGUUAUUUGAAAGAACAACACGUGACUAGAAUAAAGUAUUGUCCUAUUUACGUCAUAUUGAGUUACUUAGUAAGAUUCAAUGAUACAAACCUAUCGUAGUCUGUAGAUAUAUUUCAGCAUGGAAUGUACUUCAAAAUACAAUUGUAUGAGAGGACGGUAGUUUAUUGGACGUAAAACCCUGCAAUUUCACACAGUAUUAACAAUGUAUUUACCAAAUAGUGGCUUUGGAAGAUAUACAUAACAGCUAUACAAAGCAAAAUUGCAUAUUCAUAAGAAAAAGAAGUUAAAGAUGCUUUUUAACAGAAUGAUUAGAUAUUGUCAACACAAUGCCAUUUGCAGAUUAAAUAAAACAAAUAUCCAAUAUAAGUUUCGUAUCAUUUCAACAUAUGAGGUGAAAGCCCCAG